GCGGCGGCGCGGCGGCACCGGGGGCCAUGAGCGGCGGCGCCGGGAACGGGAACGGUGACGGCAACGGGGCCGAGAGCGGGGCCGAGCGGCGGGUCCGCAUCGUGGUGGAGUAUUGCGAGCCCUGUGGCUUCGAGGCCACCUACCAGGAGCUGGCGAGCGCCGUGCGGGACGAGUACCCCGACAUCGAGAUCGAGUCACGCCUGGGGGGCACUGGUGCCUUUGAGAUCGAGAUCAAUGGGCAGCUGGUGUUCUCCAAGCUGGAGAAUGGAGGUUUUCCCUACGAGAAGGAUCUGAUCGAGGCCAUCCGCAGAGCCCGCAAUGGGGAGCCCCUGGAGAAAAUCACCAACAGCCGCCCCCCCUGCGUCAUCCUGUAACCCCCCCAAGGACAGCAGGGUCCCCCACGCUGCCUUCCUUAAAUCCUGCACCCCUGGGGGGGCUCAGGAGCCUCCUGGGGACCCCCACGGUGGCACUGGGGGUUGUUGUAUCCCCUGCCCGACCUGCUGUGGGGUGUAGCUGUGGAUUUGGGGGGGGGUCUCCCACCUGCCUUUGCCUUCCCCCCCUCAGCAGCUGCUCCUCCCUGAGGGGUACAGGGUUGGCACCCCCAUUUCUCUGUGCUGGGCAAUCUGGGGGUGUCUCCCAUGAAUGGGGAGCCAGGCUGGGCGUUGGAGCAGCUCCCAGCAGGUUCAUUCCAAGGGGAAUCCACUGGCUGUAACUUUCCCUGGGAUCUGUUAAUGAUUAAAAUCCCUCUGGCACUGUUUAAUCCAGGCCAUGGGAAGCCCAGGCUGGCCCCACAGGCACAGGUGUGUUCACAUCCCCCCUGCCCAUUCCCAGGCUCCCAGCUCCUGCUUCCUGCCUGGAAUGUCCCUGCCCUUGGCCUUGGGAUGGGGGGAUCCCCUAUUUAUUCUAUACUGUGUAUAAACCCAACGGCCUGGGUGGAAUAAAGGAUGGAGAAUGUG